AAUACAAUGAUGAUGAUGAUGAUGAUGAUGAGGUUGAAGAAGAAUGGGAAAAGUGCUAGCCAGAGGUAGAAACGUCGAUUAGUGAUUUAGCCUAGGAGGUGUCAUGUCGUACUAGCAAUGGUGUUUCCAACUAAAACCGUCACUAUUAUUGUGUUUGGAAAAGUCAGAAGGUGAUACACACACCGGAACACACACUCAUACAGUAGGUGAUACACACACUCAUACAUUACCCCAGGAAGCUCUUUGGCACAGUAACCAACCAUACUACAACAUGACGGAAAGAAAAAUAGAUCAUUCAGAUCAGAUGACAACCUUGCAACUCCACAAGUCAAAAUAUGCUAAACCAGUCAAGCCACAUAUUCCAGUGAAACCAAAUUUCUUAAAAAAACAGCAGUUCAACAAAGCUAGCAACAAAAAAUUAAUGUUGAUUACAAAUGAAGAUGGAAAUGUCUCAGUAAUCACACACAAAAAUGCCCCUCCGGUUGCUCCCAAACCAAAGUCUACCUUCCAUGUAAGAGUGCAGCAUCAUGGAAGAAAGCUUCAAGUUUGCCCCAUAGGACAUUUUGUCAAGAUUCAAACACUUUAUGAUGACAAGAAUUCCAAGGAUGAUUUAGAAAAGAUAAGCUGCAAAAUUGAAUGGGAAGAGAAAUCAGCAAACAUCCCAACUCCAGCACCAAGAAAUCAGACCGCUAAACAGCCAAUUUCUGUAAACGCAAAUAAAUCAAGUACAGAAGUAAGAAAGAACUUUGAAAGAAUUAAGUCAAAUUUUGAAGUAGCUGACAUGCAUUCUAAACCAGAACCCCGUCCAAGAAGUGGUGUCAAUGUCAAAAUACAGCGUGUAUUAUUUGAAAAGAUGCUGCGGUCAAAAAAAGAAGGACUAAAAAUGGAGUGCAGUGUAAGUGAUAAUCCUAUUCUGAUUCAUCAGAAUCAGAACUCUGCAUUAUCUCAGGCUGGUGGAAAAUUACCAAAGAAUUUUCAACCACUAUUAAACUCUAAAUCAUCAUCCAAAUCUAUUUCGCAAAGACCGACUUCAAAACCAUCAUACAAAGCCCUUCCAUCACAACUGAAUAUGAAAACAUCUUUUAGAGACAUUCCACUAGAACCAAAUUCCAAACCAUCACCCUCAGCUGUUGUAUCACAACACAGAGACAUUUCAUCAGAAUUGAUUUCUAAUGCUGAUUCUUCAGAGCGGAUUCCUAAACCAUUGCCCAGACACAUUCCACCCAAACCGAAUUCCAAAGGUCACUCAGCAGUACUACUGUCAAAGAUGAUUCCGUCAAACUUGAUUUCCAAAUCAAUGUCCAGUGACAUUCCAUCAGAAUUUGAAUCCAACCCCACCUCCAGUACUUGCAACCAAGAUGCUGCAGUCUUCAGUGCUAAACAUGACAUUCCAAAGAUCACAAUCUCAGAUGAAUAUACUGAUGUAUCAAAUUGUGAACACCUAGCAGAUAGUACUAUAGAAAACGACGACAACAAUUUUGAUAUGAAAAAUGAAAAUAAUGUCAUUAAAGUGUGCAUGGAUGUCAGUACAGAAACUUGCUUGGAUACCGAACCAGAAGCUUGCACAGAUGGCGAACAAGGAACAUGCACAGAUACCAAUCCAAAAACAUGCAUGGAUGUUGAAUCAGAAUCUAACACAAAUUCCAGGGCAGAAACAACCGAUUUUGAAUCAGAAAUUUAUGCAUAUGUCAAACCAGAAUCAGAUAGUAAUGAAAUUCAACAUGAAAUAUCUGAUAAGGAUAUUGAUGAGCAUGAGUAUGUUAAUUAUAACAUUGAUGGUGAAGGAACCCAUGAGUAUGUCAAUGUUGGUGAUUUUUGUGAUACGGUUUCUGGUGAAUACAUCAUUCUUGAAAAUGAUUUACAAACUGCAGCCAAUGACCAAUCUACUGUCUCAGAAGGUGCUCUGUCAUCAGAUUCCACUGAAGGAUCAUAUGAUCACACUUAUGUCAACUAUGAGCUUCCAUCAGAUGAUUACAGUGACAUUCAAGUUGAUGAUUCUGGCAGCAUGCAUCCAGUUAUACCAGAUGACAAUGAUAGCACUGAGGACAAACUUGGUGAUUCAGCAAUGAAAUCUGAAUGUUAUGAAGUGGUUUUGAAUGUUUCAAGUCUUAAAGGUCAUGCAUCUAAGUACCGCAGGUUCUCCUGCCGACAGCCAGGUAGGUGUCGAAGGAGUAAUUUCAAGAAACAGUCUGCUUUGAAGGUCAUUGACGUCGAUGAAGAGGCCAACAAUGUCAAUGAUGUGGACAUCAAGCUAGAUGAGGGUUCAGACUUCGCAUCAUCACAAGAAGAUUUGAAGGAACUUGAAGGACACAGUAUUUUUGUUGAAAAACUUAAAUCUGAGGAUGCAGUAACUGAGUACACUAAGGAACAUUUUCAGGAUGAUGAAGAGGAUGAAGGAUGGCAGAGUGUUGACUCAUCUGACUUUGACCAUGAUGAAGAUACAAACAUUAGAAAAAGAUCCUUCCAGCAUGUAUUGUCCAUCACCCCAGAACCGGGUGAGUCUGGGGUAUCAUCUGGUAACCCAAGUCCCAGUAGAUUGUCAUCAUCCACAUCAGAUUCUCAGGUCGUGAGAGUCAAUAGCUGUCUGUCAUUUGUUUCUUCUGAUGGAUUUGAAGAUGGUUCUGUUAGAUCUUCAAUUUCACAGUUCUCUCUCUCAGAUGAGUUGGAAGGAAUAAACACUUGUGAUUCUUUUGAAGAAGAUGAGUUCACAGACAAGGAAAAUGAACUUCUAGAGAUAAUGAAGCGAGAGAGCACUCUCUCUGAUGGUGUACAGGAUGUGGAGGACUUAAAAAAUGAUACCAUGGAACAUAUAAAAAAAAUGCGCAAAAAAUUGGCAGAAAUGAAACGAAAUGUUGCUCUUAAAAACCGACAGCGUGUUUCUUUAGUGUCUGAGUAUGACAUUGAUUUACCUGAAAACUGCAAGCCAUUAGAAGUAUGCAAUAACAGCAACACACUUGGUUUAGAUGCUAAUCUAAUAAGUGAUAAUAAUAUUACUGAACCAUCCGGUAGUGGGGAAAACAUUAUCAAACAUAAACUAAAGGAGAUUAGUUGGCAAGAAGACUUAACUCAUACUUUCAACAAUAAGAGAACCAAUUUCAGCAAAGUAAAGAACAAUGGCACUCACAGCAUGAAAAGCAAUGAAGAUGAUAACAGAGCUGAUGUACAAGAACCUUUGUUUCAAGCCUACAACAAAGAUGCUAAACUACGUGACACUCUUCAUUUCACUGGGAAUCGCAAACAUCGACUGUCCUCUGGUAGAGAUUCUCCACCACCUCUGCCUCCUCCAAGAAGACAAUCGUCUGUUAAUACUAAGACCAGUCAACAAACUCAACUUACACCAGAACGUCGCUCACAAUCUUUUCCAGAGAUCGAUGCUGAAGAAGUUAACAGAAAACCCAGCUUGAAAAUGCAGCGUACCUUGUGGUGCGAGGUUCCUGAAGUUAUCGAAAGUGGAAUAUUGCACCAAAUUGAUGACAAAGCGCGCAAGCUACAAGAGGCUAUGUUUGAAGUGAUUACAUCAGAAGCGUCAUAUCUUCGGAGUCUUGAUAUAUUUGUAAAUAAUUUUAUGAAAGCCGAUGUGUUCAAUGUUAUGUAUGGACUUUUACGAAAAGAAGAGCGCCAUCAUUUGUUCUCCAAUUUACUUUCAGUAAGAGAUGCCAGUGAAAGAUUACUGCUGGACUUGGAAGAUCGAUUCCAAGAGAAUUAUUUGAUAAGUGAUGUUUGUGACAUAAUAAUUAAGCAUGCAACACAGAGGAACUUUGAUAUGUAUGUGACAUAUUGUCUUAACAACCAAUACCAAAUAAAGACACUAAAAUCAUUAAAAGAAAAUCCAGUGUUUGUCACUGAACUUGGCAUUCUAGAGAGAAGUAAGGAAUGCGGAGGUAACAACCUUCUGUCCUUCAUCAUGAUGCCAUUCCAACGCAUAACAAGACUCCCUCUGUUGAUUGAGGCAAUAAUAGCACGACUGGAUCCAGAGUCUGCUCACAUUGGGCCUGCAACUGAAGCAUUAAACCUUGUCAAGAAGGUGGCUAUUAAAUGUAAUGAAGAGGCCAGAAGAAUGGAAGGAAUUGAAGAAUUGACAAAACUUGCUCACAAGUUAGAUUAUAAACCCAACAUUAAAGCAAUCAAGAUAUCGGACAAGUUGCUAAUUGUAAAGAGAGGCGACCUUCAGUGGUUCUGCCAUGACACUUCCAGGUUCAACAAGAAGAAAGUUGUCUCAAAGCAAAUCCACAUUCUGGUGUUUGCUGACAAAGUUGUCUUGACAAAAAGAAAGAUUAAAAAUGACCGUGAGGUAUUUGAAGUGUUUGAUUGGUGUCCAAGGAAUUUAGUGGACGUAAAAGCAGUUGAGUUAAAGCACGACACAUUACUAGAGGAUUACAAAAAUGUUAUGAUGGUUGUUUUUCUUCAAAAUCAUGAGAAAAAGGAAAAGAAAUACUUUAUCAAUACUACAAGCGAGUAAGUAUGUCAAAGC